AAAAAAACAGCUCAACAUUUUCUUCAAUAACACUCACACCCUCAAUGACCAUUUUCCAUUCCCACUUUUUCCCCACCACCCACUUCCGCACAAACCCCACUCACCUCCGCACAAACAGAGGAAUCCAGAAACCCAGAAACCAAAUUCCAGAAAAUGGGAAACUCCGCUCGGUGCUCACAGAGCUUCCUCCUGGUUUGCGCAUUGCUGUUCUCAGGCGCGAUCCUUUCGUUCUCUGCCGUUGAUUCCGUCGGCGGCUGGGACCUCGACGAGCUGGGGUGGUUGUCGACCAUGUCACCGUGCCGGGGAACCGUCGGGGAGUGCUUUGGCGGGGACGAGUUCGAGAUGGAGUCGGAGAUUAGCCGGCGCGUUCUGGCCACGCGGGGUCGGUACAUAAGCUACGGGGCGCUGCAGAGGAACAGAAUCCCCUGCUCCCGGCGCGGCGCUUCUUACUACAACUGCCGACGUGGCGCGUCCGCCAACCCCUACAGUCGUGGCUGCAGCGCCAUUACCCGUUGCAGGCGCUAGAUUUUUUAUUAUUAAAAAAAAUUAUUAUUAUUUUCUAUUUUUCAUGGUUUUUUUUUUAUAGUAUAAAAUUUUUUCAUGGUUGGUCAUACACGAUGAGGGAAAUAAAGGUAUGGUGAUAAUUUUGGCAUUAUUUGUAAUAUUUUUUAUUGCAUUAAAAAACUUAUAUACUGUAUUAUAUGUAUGCAUAUGAUUUACCAUAUAUUUGUGUGUGUGUGAAUUUAAAUAAAUUUUAAUACACAAGUAGAUUCAAUUUUGUGUGCA